AUGACGGCCUCAUACGUAUACGAUGAAUCCGGCCAAUCGAACUUCUUCGUAUUCACGCUCUUGCUAUGCGUCUUGAUCCCAUGGACCCUCUCAAGCCUAUCGAAGUUAUCCAGUACAACGGCCAAGCCACCAUGUCCCGGAUGGAACUCAAAGGACGAACAAGUCAAAAAGGCAAAGCAAAAAUCUGCUGCAAUCAGCCUGAGUCACAUAUGUUUAGCGCUAGGAUGGGCUCUCUUGGCAUACGUAGCAUACAGAGCUAGUUUUGUCGAAGCCUCAUCUGGUACAUACGACCCAUUCACCAUCCUAGGCCUCAAUCCAGGGUCAGACGAAAAAUCGAUCAAACGACACUUCAAAAGACUCUCUCUAAAAUUCCAUCCGGAUAAAUUGAAAUUGAAGGCGAACCAAACCAUGGAGGAAGUGAACGAACAUUUCGUCAACCUCACCAAAGCCUAUAAAGCUCUCACAGAUGAAACCAUUCGCGAAAACUACGAGCUGUACGGCCAUCCCGACGGAAAACGAGAGACGUCAAUGGGAAUCGCACUGCCUAAAUGGAUUGUCGAGACCAACAACCACGGAUACGUCAUCGGACUAUACCUGAUUUUGGGAUUGAUGCUGCCUUACUAUGUUAGCAAAUGGUGGCACGGCUCGAGAAAGUACACCAAAGAUCAAGUGCUGAACGCAUCGGCUUCGCGAUAUUUCUUGCAUCUAACUGCCGAAACCAAGUUUGCCGGGGCCGUCGAAGUCUUGUGCUCGUCGCUCGAAUUCAAGGCUUUGGAGUCCAAACACAGCCGCGUAUUCGAGGCGAACAAGUCGUACAAGAAGCUCGAAGAUCAGGUGACGACCACGCUGUUCAACUCGACCGGCGAAAAGCUGGAGGGCAGCUUGUACAAUAACAGCACCGAAAGGUUUGUCAAGAGGACUGCAGUUUUGGUUUAUGCCCAUUUGUUCAGGAUCCCGAUCUCCGAUGUUGCUAUCUUGAAAGCCAAACACGAUGUCAUCAAUUACGCCCGUCAUUUAACCAACGGCAUGCAGUCCAUCACGUUAGGAUUCAACUGGCUCAGUACCUAUUUAGUCAUCAUCAAACUCCAACAACAUUUGGUCCAGGCGAUGCACCCCGCACAUUCCCCCUUGGUCCAACUCCCUCACGUCUCGGUCAAGACAGCUGAACGAGUUGCCAAGAGUAAUGGCAUCGGGUCUCCUGAACAAUUUGCUACCUUGUCUGAGCAGCAGAAAGACUCUUUGUUUCCUGAACUCAAGGGCCAGGAUCACAUCAAGAAGAAGAUCCAGUCUAUUUCGGAACAUUGGCCUAAGUUGGAAUUGGUCAGCUCUGAGUUCAAAGUUGUCGGAGAAAAAAAUGUCACUCCUGGCUGUGUGAUCCACUUUACCAUGAAAGUCAGGAUCAAGAAUCCCAAGUCGACUUCCGCUGCUCAGGCAAAUGGGAAGACCGCUGAACAGGAAUCCGAACAGAAAACCGAACAGGACGUCCAGGGUGAAGAAAUGGAGAUCGAUGAAUUGUUAGGCCGAAAGAAAGCUGGGGCUGAUGGCGAGGAGAAGAGUCCCAUAGUACACGCACCCCAUGUUACCAAGGACACCAAAGCGGGAUACUACUGGCUAGUUGGAGACCACAAGAUGAACCGGAUCUUUGUCCAGCCGAAGAAGAUCACCGAUGUCGGAUACACGAAGACCCGGGUGCUCAAGACCACCUUCCAAGCGCCCCAAAGUCCCGGUCUGUACACCUUCCAAGCCUAUGUCAAGAGCGAUUCGUACGUCGACACCGACGUCCAGGCCAGCAUGCAACUCCGCGUCCAGGACAAGGAGGCUGUCGGCCAGGAUCUCAACGCUGACGACGAUAUCUCCGAGCCCGAUCAAGAUACCCUCGCUGGCCAAAUGGCCGCGAUGCGCGGUAAACCCACCAAAAAACUUAACGACAAUGACUCCGAUGAUUCUAGUGCCACGGAGAGCGGCGGCGAUGAUAGUAGCUCGGACUCGGACUCCGAUUCCGAUUAA